GAAAAUGGUAGUUGCACGAAGUAGUGUGUUUAUUUACGUACUGUUUAUUGCAGUGAAUAAUUAAUCACGAUCGCUCUGAAACCUUUUGGGGGCAACCCUCUUGUAAAUCAGAUGCGAAUUUUCAGAAAAAGGUGCGCGCUUCAAGUGCUGAAAGUGUUCGAAUCACGUGAAACUGGUGAUAACUUCGCAGUUAGCAAAGAGCUCCGUCGUUUUGCGUUUCGAACUUUAGUGUCGUCAUCCUAACCUAUCGCUCGCUGGCUGCGAGUUUCUCGAAUUUUCGAAAGCCUCUUCUCAGGUUUUGUUUGUCAACAGAACCACCUCCACGAUGCCAUGUUCCCGAGGCGAUUGAGCCAGGAUCCCGAAAAAGCCAGAAUCAUGACAGACGAAGUUUUGCCGGCGAGUUUGGAAAAACUCGAAAUUGAUCGAGUCUCGUCGACCUGCCCUCACAGCUUCACAGCCGACAAGGCAAAAGCGACAAACCCCUUUCGUAUAACGAGCAAGGGUGGCACGCCAACCGACAGCAGCUACCUAUUUCGACGGAAAUCCAUGCCGAACAGGCCGACACCCUCGAUAGUGAGCCCUCGCGGUAUCAAAACUAGAACGAAUUUCAAACCGUCGAAGAAUGAGAGGAGAGUCCUCGACAAACCGAAAAAGAACUCAAUCAUCCGCGAGGCGGUCCUCAAGUUGAACGGUUGCUCGUCCAGUGGCAGCUGUCUCAACGAAACUCCCGCGAGCAAUCUGCUCGAGGAGGCCUGCAAACUCAGUAUUCCCAGUCGAAAUUCGCGGACUUUUGGUCAUGGCUCGGUCACGAAGGAUUUCAAGGCGCUCAACAUCAGUCAGCACGACACGCGGCUCGUCAAGGAUGACGCGAGCAUCCCGGCGAACCAGAGCUACCAGACAAGUAGCUUCCAGCGGGCCCGAAGCAACACGAUGCCGAGUUUAAAAAGAGGCCCUGGUCCUGGAGGAGGUGCUGCUGGUGGACAAACGGAAGUUGCAAAUGCCCCAGGUCAACAACAAUCCUCAUCGAGUUCUGCUACGAGCAAUAGCAAUAAUAACAGUAACAGUAAUAAUAAUAAUAAUAAUAAUAAUACGUGUUCUCUGCAAGCGAGAAUUUCUCCACCGCCUUGUGACGUUACGAUUGACGAACUUGCCAGCUACUUCGAGGAGUUUGUCCAUAUUCCAAAGAAGAUGUCCCACAUGGCAGAAAUGAUGUACAUUUAAGGUUGAAUUAUUGAGAGGAGUUUUGCAAUUUCGAGCCUUGAAGUUACACUAACUAAUAUCUCCGCAAAAAAAUCAAGAUCCCCGACUUUAGAAGGCAAUAAGUUCGCAGAAAAAAAUUUGAGGAGUUUCGAAUAAGAAUCACACGGAUCUGCUAAGUUUUCUGAAUAAAAUGGUGUUUCUGUAAUUUGCGUGAAAAAAUUUCGUUUUGAGCUAAUUAGAAAAAUACAAGUAAAAAUGCUGUCACGAGGCCCAUUGUUGAGACAUGUUAACUUUCACAUGAUCCCAGAGCUAAGAGUAUGUUGGAAAAAAUUUGAAAAAAUCUGGAGUGUCCUGCAACAUGUUUAGAAUCUAGUAGAGACAUUAACAUUUUUAAAUAUUCGAAAAAGGCAGUUUUGCAAGGAUUUUUGUUGAAUGUUUUUAGUCAGGGAUUGAAUGGAGCUAUUAAAGUCGCUCAGAAUCAUUCGGAGUUUAAUGAGGCGAGGCUUCUGAUAUAAAAUUUUGAUAUAAUACAGUAUCAAGCUUGCACACGAAUUAUCUUGUAUUUUGUUUAUUUAAUAUAGUACACUUAUUUCGGUAUUAUAAUAUAAUUUUGUAUUUAUUUUAGGCUGUCAAUUCGCUACUGAAAUGCGUGAAAGAUUUACUUAUAUCAGUAAUUACAUUUGCGUAUUUUUUAAAAAUUAUUCGUAAUAAGAUAAUGUUGCACCGUAUGUAGUUUUAUACAAAUAUUUUUCCAUUUAGCCGAAAAGAAAGUGUGGACUUUUUUGGAAACUGAAAAUAGAGGACUUCA